GCUCUGAAAGAUAAGAAACGGGGAAUUUACUUCAAUUAAAUUAAUAAUACUCUAACACUCGACCAGGAGAAAUGGAAGCUACUGAUCUGAAACAGUUCUGUACUGCAUUGCAAGAUGCAGAUAGCUUUUCAAUUAAUUCCGGAAAGCAUCGCAUGAUGGAAGACGAAGAUCUCAAGAAGAAUGGCAUUUGCGUCAUCUUCUCACUGAAGGAAGAGGUCGGUGCGUUGGCUGAGGCCUUGAAUGUCUUCAAGGAAAAUAAAGUCAAUUUGAACCACAUCGAAUCGAGAUCUUCAAAAAGAAUGGCAGAUCAAUACGAAUGCAUUGUAGAAUGCGAAAAUACCGGAGACAUAACGAAAGCUCUCGAUUGCCUUCGUCAGAGUUCUCAAUACAUGCAAGUCAUCGCUAGAGAUCAAAUGGAAAAUAAUGAUACUGUGCCAUGGUUUCCAGGUAAAAUAAGCGAUUUAGAUAAAUUUGCUAAUCACAUUCUGUCAUAUGGUUCCGAGCUCGACGCGGAUCAUCCGGGAUUUAAAGAUGCAACUUACAGAGCCAGAAGGAAAUAUUUUGCUGAUAUUGCUUACUUUUAUCGACAUGGGCAACCAAUUCCAAGAGUAGAAUAUACACCUGAAGAAAUCAGCACUUGGGGAACUGUUUUUAAAGAAGUGACGAAACUUUACCCGACUCAUGCCUGUCGAGAACAUAAUCAUAUUUUCCGUUUAAUGAUCGAAAAUUGUGGCUAUCGAGAAGAUAAUAUUCCUCAAUUAGAAGAUGUUUCUAACUUUUUGAAAGCUUGUACCGGAUUUCAAUUACGUCCCGUUGCUGGUCUUCUGAGUUCUCGAGACUUUUUGGCAGGAUUGGCCUUUAGAGUUUUCCACUCUACCCAGUACAUCAGGCAUCCAUCGAAACCCCUGUACACUCCCGAACCAGACGUAUGCCACGAGUUAUUGGGCCACGCACCACUCUUUGCAGAUCCCGGUUUUGCUAGAUUCUCUCAAGAAAUCGGAUUAGCAUCGUUAGGUGCACCCGAUGACUAUAUCGAAAAAUUAGCCACGUGUUAUUGGUUCACUGUGGAAUUCGGAUUAUGCAAGCAGCAAGGGCAGAUUCGUGCGUUUGGUGCUGGACUUCUUUCUUCUUAUGGAGAACUUGAAUAUUGUUUAAGUGAUAAACCAGACGUAAGACCCUUUGAUCCUUAUACGACUGGCGUACAGAAGUAUCCAAUUACAGAAUAUCAACCUGUAUACUUUUUAGCAGAGAGUUUUGAGGAUGCUCAGCAAAAAAUGAGGGAAUUUGCUUUAUCUAUACCACGACCUUUCACGGUUCGUUAUAAUCCUUACACUCAAAGUGUUGAAAUCAUCGAUACGAAAUCACAGAUGGAAAUUCUGGCUAGGGAUAUACAAGCCGAAAUGCAACUACUGACCGAUGCUCUGAAAAAACUUAAAUAACUUCUGAAAGAAAUGUCAGCCUAUUUUGGACAUAUAUUUGCAUAUUUAGGUUAUACUUGGUUUUUAAUUCAAGUUUUGAAUAUCGCUGCGUUUAUUUCAUUGUGUAGAAGUUUGUACAUUUAUAUUUUAUUAUAACGUUUCCAUUAAUGGCAUAUAUUAUUUGUACUCGUUAUUGUAUUUGGCUUGGGCUUCAUAACUCGUUUCUCAUAUCUUCAACGUAGAUGAAGUAUAGGGAAGAUGACACAAUCAAAACUGCAUAAGAUGAAUUAUAAAGAAUCCGGAUUCAUCAACAGAGCGAUUUCUUGUUGGCUUGUAAAAUCAUUAUUGUUUUUGAUAAAGAUAUUAUCUCAAUGGAUUAUCAUUGUGAUUUGUUUAUAUGACAUCUGUAAUUUUUUUUUUAUGUAAUCUUUAUAUUUUUGUAUUAAAAAAUCUUUUAUUUUUAUU